GUUUCUUCAAACCAUCAAAUGUCUCCCUGGCUACAGACGUUUACUUUCAUCAUGAAACUUCUGAUGAAGCCAACGAGACGCAGCUGAAAGCUUCAGUCUAACAAGUCAUUUAACCACGGACUUCCUGAUGUUUCUCUGCUCACAGGAACUCUGGAAGAACCGGAGCCGAGGACGCGAAAAAAUCUGCGUUUAUAACCGGAGACGAUCCACUGCAUCCUGCAGAGAGACAGACAGAGAGAGAGAGACGGAGGAGAGAGACAGACAGAGGAGGAGAGAGAGAGAGAGCGACAGACAGAGGGGAGGAGACAGACAGACAGAGGGGAGGAGACAGACAGACAGAGAGGAGGAGACAGACAGACAGGUGGUCCUCCUCCAGCUGCAGGUGUGUGUGGAGUCAGACUGGCCGGUCCCAGACUGUCGUGGCCGUCUGUCCAGCCUGUCUCCUCUACCGUCCUUCCAGUCGGUGGCAGUGUUGGUGGGUGUGUCUCUGUGGGCCGUGUGGACCAGUGUCCUCUGUCUCUGUCUCUUCCGGUUCUGCAGCGCUGCAACCGUCUACAAGAUCUGUGCCUGGCUGCAGCUCACAGCUGGGUUCUGUCUGGCGUUGGCUUGUCUUCUGUUUCCAGACUCGUGGGAGAGUCCAGAGAUGAGAUCUCUGUGUGGAGACUCAGUGGGCAGUUUCUCUCCAGGUAACUGUUCCGUCCACUGGGCCUACAUACUCGCCAUCCUGGGGGUUCUGGAUGCCGCUAUCUUGGCCACGCUAGCGUUCGUCCUCGCCAACAGGCAGGACGCCCUGUUGCCACCAGACACCAAGGACGUGACCACAGGUCUGCUGAUGUCAGCGUGAUGUCACCAGGUCUUCAGUUCUCCUCCAUCAUUAUCGUCCCCUGGUCUCCUGGAUACCACCUCCACCUUCUGUUGUCAGGGUUAUAAAAGGGGGGGGUGUACUUUAUACACAGCAGGUCUGUGAACCUCACCUGCUCAUGUCGUGUGUGGGUGGAGUCAGUCAGAGAGGAGGAGGAGCCUAAACAUGGCAGCUCUGUAGUGAAGCCACAAACAGAACAGCACAACGUGUUGACGUCAGAGCCGAGCUGCGUUUGUUGUAUUCAUGGUGUUUGUACUGAGAGGGAAACACCUGCUAAUGCUAAGCUAACUGAUGUCAUCAGAAUCAUCAAAAUCAUUUGAGGUGUGUUAUUGUCUUAGUUUCGUCACAUUUUAUUUAAAAUGUCUCACUUCUGUUGACCGUUCUUCACGUGAUCUAUUUGUAGCAUCAGAUAUUAGCGAGCUAAUGUUAGCUUGGUUCAGUUAGCAUACCCGACAGCUCCACCCGCAGUUAGCGGCUGUAAAUAUUCAGAAACUGAUCUCUAGUUUAAAUUAAGCGAUGAUAAAACUUCACUUCGUAAACUGAUGUUAGCAUGAGGCUAGCAAGUGUGGACGAACAGCUGCUGCAGCCAUCGACUCCUGAACCUUAAACAAAUAGUCUGACAUGUAUUUAUUCCUCCUGUUCUUUGUUUCUGAGUCACGUGUUCAGAUGAAUCAGUUUAAUCUCUGUUUAGCUUAGCUUAGCACAAUAUCUUGAAGCAGGGGGAACUGUUAGCCUCUAACAGCGUUACAAUGUUAUAUUGAGUGUUUCAAACAGUCAGCGCGUCCAAUAGAAUGUCUAAUAUACGGGCUUCGCUAGAAGCUAAUAGCUGCCAGUCAAACUUUACUGAUUGUUAGCAUUAGCUUUAUUAUUAGAGGUAAGACCCUGUCUGAUGUACACGCUGUAGCAUGUUGACUAGCUGCAGUUAGCUUAGAGUUAUGCAGCGUUCCAUUAAACCUCGGAGCUCGGAAUAUGGAGAUGGCUGCUCCGGAUAUCAACAGUACUGAAAGGUGAAGUUUUUACUGUUUAGCAAUUCUGUCAUUAAAUGUGUCGUACACAUAGUACUGUCCAGUUACAGUCUGUGGACGUUCUACUACGGUGUUAAUAUGCGUGAAAUGCAGCGUAAUGCAUUUUUAUGAACUGUUUCUGUUAGCAAUUGCUAGCUGGCUAACGUAAACAUUGUUCCUGUGCAACUGGAACGCGCUAGCUUCAGGGCCAGUGAGUUUAGCGUUUGUCUCUGGGUUAAGUUUGCAUAGCAUAGCACAGCUGACUUGACUUCCAUUUAACUUCUGGGUCUAGUUAGCAUAGCAUUAGCUUCAGGAUCGGCUAGCUUCUCGGGGGUUACCUCCUGGCUAUCUAAUUAUACGAUAAACUGUGCUAAGCAAUGCUAACCUCAGAGAUGAAACUGGCCUGAUAAUGUGACUCUGGAGAAAACAGAGUGUGUCAUAACUUUCCUAAAGUGUUCGCUUGACCUUUAACCUUAAAGCACAUUAAGACACAGCUCAGUUCCUUUCACUGAGUCUUCCAGACUGAGCAGCUGUUUGUGGUUUAUUAGAUGACGUCGUUGUUAUUAUUUUGUUUUCAGACUCUGAUCAAGUUCAUGUGAUAAUUGUGUUUGUGAGAAAAGUCGUCUUUAAAUAAACAAACGUUUUCAUUCA